AUGAACGCUUUGAUCAGGCAGGAGCAGUGCUAAUGAAGUCUCCUUGGGUACAGUAACGGGAGCCGCGUUGGAACCUGGAUGAGAGCCGAGUCCAGUCUCCUCACUUCCCGUUCAGAGUGGAAUAUCAAACGCGUACAGUCAUACCGGGGUCAGUCUUUUAAUAGUGCAAGGCAGAGCAGAGCCGCAACCCCCGUUCCGUGCGAGCCGUCAGGUUAGCUGCUGGGGUGCGAUGUGAGCAAGUGUGUGCUGUUCGGUUUAGUGUGGGCGUCCUUUCUGAGGAUCUCGUUUUUGUACAGUAGUCACGCUGUGCGUGUGCAUUCUGUGGAGUGUAAAUCGUACUCAGCGUUCUGCCCUGGGGUCGUUCCCUCCCAAUCUCCCGAGGAACCGUCUCGCAGAGACACGGGGAUUCCCUGGAGCGCAUCAUCGCGCAAGCGAGCCGGCGAAGCUAGCUUCCAUUAGCUGCGCGAAGAGGCUGUAAACCCGGUCUCCCAACCCCGUGCAAACUGCUGCUGUUUCAACCUAUUCAAAGGGCGUAAGGGAUUUUAAUCGCUCGAAUCAAAGACGUCCAGCUGUUCUUGAGCGUUCUGUUUUGGCGUCCAAAGCGGACAGAGAUCUGUUAUUAUUUGGGUGCAUUGUUCCUUUUUAAAACUAACAUCUGAGACGGUCAUCCAAAAAAAAAAUAGUGACCUGGAGACACACAUUUUACAGCUUGCAAGAAGACGGGAGUUUUUUUUGUUUUUUUUCAUCGUCUCUGCUGUCAUUUCAAAAGCGUUUUAUACUUCUGUUCUUUUAAGAGACACAUCGAUAAAGAGACCGUCCAUUUUGUAACUGAAACAAAAAAGCAUUUUGAUAAAGAAGAAGCCAUUUGGUGUUUUUUUUUUUACAUGCUAUCUUGUAAAAAGAUUAUAGAUAAUAUAUAUAUAUAUUUUAAUAAUAAUCAUUCUCGUCACAGGUAGGCUGUGACUUGGCGAUGGGGCCGCGCUAAGGUGAAGAACGCACUUCGCUUCGUUGUGUUUUUGUUUUUUUUCCAGAUUGAAAAAGGAAAUCAGAUUAAGUGGAAAUCAAUGGAAACGUUGACUCAGAAAUCUGGAUUUCAGUGCAAGCGGCUUCCAGCGGUUUAACCGGAGAAUGAACACAAACUGCAGCGCUUUACAGCGGAGACCACCGGGCGCUGAUUUAAGUAAAAAAAAACAUUUCUAUCAACCAUUUUUUGUAAUUAAUUAUUUUUUUUAUUUAGCAGAGCUUUUAAUCUUUGCAGUGAUAAUAAAUUCAUGACCAGGACGUGAUCUGAGCGUCACGUUGAUCGUGCACUCACAUGCGUGCAGAUGAUAGACAGAUGUUUUAUAUGCGAUCAACAUAUCAAACACACACACAGGAAACACUAUCCCAAAGUGCUUGUAAGAAAACAGUGUAGUGUACUAGUAGUCGACGUAGUAGCUGUGGUGUAGACAGUACAGCACGGUGAAUCAGUAUAUGCUGUCAGAAGCCGACUCUCAUAAUGAAAAACAGAUUCUAAAAAACACGACAGCGAAACACAACGCUGAGCGCUAAUGGAUCUGUAAUGGGAGGCAUUUAUUAUACUGUAAUUCUACAAGACCGUGGCUGUCUAGGAUCAAUAUAGAAACCUGUUAGCGUAUGCAAUGUAACCCUUGUCUUUAUGUUUUAUAAUUCGUAUGGUUUAUUAUUAUUAUUAUUAUUAUUAUUAUUAUUAUUAUAAAGAGAGAAACGUAAUCAGAUAUUACGUAAUGUUAUUGCUGUGGCAAAUUAAAGAACAUUUAAUAUAUAUGUUUGUUUAAUUUUUAAUGACGGCAAAUGUCAAUUUUAAAUGUCACAGCUGUCCUCAUGUCAUUUUGAAGUAUGUCCAGCCACGUUUGACAGCAGCAGAAGACACGAAUGUUGUUUCACCGGCGUGAUGAAGGUCAGCGACUGACUCUGCCGCUUUUAAAAUGGAAUGUCGUUUUCACAUCUUCUCCUCCUGUGUUUAUGUGAAUUGAUUUUCCAGCGCCGCGUCCACCUCGCUCUGUCUUGACAGUUUGACUGGAAUUCCACGCGUCUGCUGCGCGGCCGAUCUGUGCCGUGUUUUAUUGUAAAUCUAUACUCACACAAAAUGUGGAGGAGAUCGUAAAAAAUAGACUAGACAAGCACUCGUCAAAAACUACACGACAUAAAGACAAGGAAGGAAGAGGCUAUGCAUCUGAGAGGAUGAUGAUGAUGCUGGAUACACAGAGCUCGACCCAGGAGAUCGGCGAGGAGGUGGAGGAGGGAGCAGUCUACACCAUCACACUCAGGAAGGUGCAGGUGCACCAGGCAGCCAGCAAGGGGCAGCGGUGGCUGGGGGUGGAGACGGAGGCAGCUCUGAGCCUCUACGAGACCUGUAAGGUGCGCACCAUCAAGGCCGGCACUCUGGAGAAGCUGGUGGAGUAUCUGGUGUCAGCCUUCAGGGGAAACGACUCGACCUACGUGACCAUAUUCCUGUGCACCUACCGCUCCUUCGCAAGCACAAAGCAAGUGCUGGAUCUCCUGCUGAACAGGUAUGCGAAGCUGCACCACCACUCCAGCGCAGAGGGCUCCAGACUGACCGGGGAUGACCGGACAGAGCUCAAGAACACUAUCUCGUCGAUCCUGGGCGCCUGGCUGGAUCAGUACUCGGAUGAUUUCUGGAAGCCCCCGGAGUACGGGUGUCUGCUGCAGCUCAUCUCCUACCUGCACCUCAACUUCCCCGGCUCGGACCUGGAGAGGAGAGCCUGCAACCUGCUGGCCCAGUUCCACCAGAGACAGCACCGCACGCCGGAGAAUGAGGUGCUUGACCACAGAGCCUGCACCUUCACCAUGCUGGAGGAGAACGGAUACGAGGAGGAGCGGCCCGACUUCCUGUCCUUCUCGCAGGACGUGGUGGCAGAGCAGUUCACGCUCUUGGACGCGGAGCUCUUCAAGAAGGUGGUGCCCUAUCAGUGCCUGGGCAGCACCUGGUCUCAGAGAGACAAAAAGGGGAAGGAGCACCUGGCCCCCACCAUCCGCGCCACGGUCACCCAGUUCAACAACGUCACCAACUGUGUGAUCAGCACCUGCCUCAGCGACAAGACCCUCAAACCCACACAGAGAGCCAAGAUCCUGGAGCGGUGGAUCGAGGUGGCCAGGGAAUGUCGGAUCCUGAAGAACUUCUCGUCCCUCAGAGCGAUCCUCUCGGCUCUGCAGUGCAACUCCAUCCACAGGCUCAAGAAGACCUGGGACGAGGUGUCCAGGGAAAACUUCCGGAUAUUUCACGAGCUGUCGGAAAUCUUCUCCGACGAGAACAACCACUCCCUGAGCCGGGAGCUGCUCAUCAAGGAGGGCACCUCAAAGUUCGCCACGCUGGAGAUCAACCCCAAGCGGGCACAGAAACGGCAGCAGCAGCAGAGAGAGCUGGGUGUGAUGCAAGGCACUAUCCCCUACCUGGGCACAUUCCUCACUGACCUGGUCAUGAUGGACACUGCCAUGAAAGACCAUCUCGAGGGAGGAUUAAUAAACUUUGAAAAAAGAAAAAAGGAGUUUGAGGUGAUCGCCCAGAUCAAGCUGCUGCAGUCAGCCUGCAACAACUACAACUUUGUCCAGGACUCCCUGUUUGUGGAGUGGCUGUCCGGGCUGGAGAGGCUCAGCGAGGCAGAGAGUUACAGCCAGUCGUGCGAGAUUGAACCCCUGUCUGAGUCCGCCAGCAACACCCUGAAAGCCAAGAAAAACACGGGGAUCAUCAAGCGAUGGAGCGAUCGGCAGCCUGCCAGUGCGGAGCCGGGCUGCAGCAGCGCGGGGAGCUCCCACUCCAAGUCCUUCGAGCAGCUGCGCUACGGACCCUACCUGGGGGGCGGAGGGGGGGGAGACGGGGGGGACUCCCUCAGCGUGACCUCGGCCGGCUCUUCCAGCUCCGACGUGGAGGAGAUCAACAUCAGCUUCGUCUCCGAGUCCCCCGACACGACCGAGAAGAAGAAUGCCACGUCUACUGUAAAACAUUCCAACUCUGCCUUAGGCAAGGGGAGCCACCUUCCAGAGCAGAUUCUCACGUUCUGGGAGUCCACGUCCAUCUCCUCUCUGGAGACGUCUGGGAUCUGCUCAGGCUCGGGCUCGGGUUCCAGCAGCGCCUCGUCCUCCUCGUUCUCCUCCACUCCCGUCACAGCCUCACGCUCGCACAAGCGCUCAGUCUCCGGCUUCUCCAGCUACUCCUCCCUGUCCCUGCCCCUCUACAACCAGCAGGUGGACGACUGCUGCAUCAUCCGGGUCAGCCUGGACGUGGACAACGGCAACAUGUACAAGAGCAUCCUGGUGACGAGUCAGGAUAAGACCCCCGUGGUGGUCCGCAAGGCCAUGGUGAAACACAACCUGGAGCGCGAGCGGCCGGAGGACUACGAGCUGGUGCAGGUCAUCUCCGAGGAGAAAGAACUGAAGAUCCCCGACAACGCAAACGUCUUCUACGCCAUGAACUCGUCGGCCAACUACAACUUCAUCCUGAAGAGGCGGGGCUUCCCCAAAGUGGGCCGGACCAAGCACGUGGCCAGCUCCACCCUCCCGCGCAUGAAGCAGAAGGGCCUGAAGAUCGCCAAGGGCAUCUUCUAAACCCGGGACCCUUCAGGGAGGCUGUGCCCACCCAGCCCCAGAGAACACAACCCUAUCAGUGACAUUAAAAAAACACACCUUUUAUAAACCUGUGCAAACGAGGUGAACUGGACAGCGCUUACCCUUCAGAGGGUACAUGUUUACAGAUCUGCGUGGAGGCCCCCAGGAGCCGUGGACACCCCAGCUUUUGGGGUGGCGAGCCCUCGCGGGCCUGCGAUGGCGCAAGAUAACAAGAGAGAGCUUUUUUAACAGGAAUGAACUGAUGAGGUGCCUGUGCCGUGGAGAAAGAGCGGCUUAUUAUCCUUGCUUCGUUGUCGAAGGACACUGUGUCGGCACUAGCCCUGAGGAGAGGAGGUGGAACACCCUGAGGUCGGGGGUUCGAAUAGCCCUCCUCUUGCCAGCUACUUUUGAGUUUAAACUCUUUCCCUACAAGAAAAGGGCAACUCACCUUUUAAAAUGACACCAGAGCUUCAAGACGGAAAUCCGACACUUCUGUAGAAGCUGGGAGUUGAUUCAACACUAAAUCUCACCGGGGUAAAGAACACACAUCACUGCAUUGUUAGCAGCUGUCACUCUGCACCCUGUGGUGUUGAAAUGAUCUCAACCACUACAGCAUUAGAAAGAAUUCCCCUAAGCCUACAGAUUACGGAUUUGUUACAGGGAAACAGGAUGACAGAAUCCUAGGGACAUGUCUGUGGCUUUAAAGGAAAGAGGCCCUUUGAAAUGGAUACAGGAGUUCUGUAUUAAAUGCAAGCUGACUUUAAGGACUCUCCUGUUUUCUGUAAUGUAAAACACAAGGCCUUUGUGUUGAAAACCCCUCCACCCUUUCUGCCUUGCUAUUCUUCAAGUGGUGCUAAUAGUUGUUGUUAAUCGCUUGGGUCUUCUGUUCGUUUCCAGUGACUGCAGUGCACAGCGAUAGAGGGAGAGGAAACAGUACAGCGUGCGUUCAAUGAGGACAGUUCGAAUGGCUACAGCCUCGCCUGGGCACGUUCCCUGCUUUGCCAAUAGAGGGAGCCCCAGGCUGGUGGUUUCCACGUCAACCCCCGUAACCGUAAGGUGACGCCGGAACUCCGGAACUGUCUGAGGAACCAAUCGCUGGAAGUCUUCUCUCUGACUGUGUGUGGCUGAGCAGGAGGAAAUGCGCCCGUGCUAAGACCCAAAGGAGAACGCUUUUUUCUGUGUGUGCUUUUCUGUCUGUGGUGACCUGAAAUGUUCAGACUUGUGUGUUUUUUUAAUUUUAUUUCAUGAAGUGAGAGGCGGUGUGUGUGUGUGUGUGUGUGUUAAUCUGAGACGUUUAUAUGAAGGCCUGGUCAGUUCCUGUGCUUAUCUCGCUCUCUGAGAAGUGCAGAAUGCAUCUGUUGAGUAACCUUUAGUUUUACUGUACAUGUGAUGGUAUAGCGCCCCCUGCAGUAAGUAUUGUUGGAAAGACUUAUAAAUAGAUAGAAAGAUGAUAAACAAAAAUAAUGUAAUAAGAGGGGAAAAAGGAGACAGUUGAAAUGGGCUAUUUACAAUGAAGGAUUGAUCAUUUGUUUAAAAAUUUGAAAAGAAAGGACGGUUUGCAGAUAAGGAACCUCAGCGUUCCUUUAAUAGAUUUCUGUUCUGCUCCUCCAGGGGCACUUUUGGGGUUUGUUCUGCAUGUGCCAAAGACCAGGGGGUGCUUCCCUCAACCCAGUGGACACCUCUCCCGACCUCAGCACUGUUUCCUGCAUGGGGCUGGCUUCUGGCUUUCGUCAACAGGGGGCGCUGCUUUGUGGUCAAUUGGGACCUUGAGCCCUGUGAUCCCACACUUUUGAGAUGCACUGAAAAAGGAACACUAACACAGAUCGAGACAGUGCAGCCCUUUGAAACUGGCUGCCUAACAAGAAACAGUGUAUGAAUAUCAAAAAUGAAAAGUGGAGGCACAGACGGGAUAAGAAACUGAGAUAAGAGUGGUCCAGUAUUUAGGGUUUGCCUUUCACCCGCGGUCAGUUUUAUAAAUGCAUACAAUUAGACAAGGGGUGUGAGGUUAAAGGGCGUCUAAAAUAUUGACCCCAAAUUCUCCAGCGCUAGCUGGCAGUGGCACUUUAUAAGUGGCACCACCUGCAUAUGGCAGGGACAGCCAUGUGACAGCAGAUGUAUCGCCAGAUUGGUGCUUGCUGUGGUACAAGGAAGCACGUUGAUCUGACAAGUACUGUGGCUGUUUGAUCCUUAAUAAUCACAAGGGUCUGUCUGUGUCAAGACUAGGGGAGGAAAGGCAUUUUUUUUUUUUUUGUAAAAAGAAAAACGAAUGAAAAAACGCUCUUUCGUAACUUGCCUUUCUUCCCCCUGCAGUAUUUAUUGAUUUGUACAUAGUGUCGUUGUGUAGCAUUGUACAUUUUUUUUUUCAUAUGAAAUUAUAAAUAUAUAUAUGAAAUUUAUAACACAACAGUUGUGAGUUCUGUUCCGGUUUAAAAUGCUUUUUGUUUUUCUUUGUCUUUCCUUGUAAAGUCUUUUGUAUAUUAGAGUGACUGCCUGUAACUUUAAGGCAAUGUUUAUUAUGUUGGGGAAAAAUAAAACCUGAACUUAAAAUCUA